GAUAUCCUGCCGGGGGGAGAUUGACGCAUUCUGCAGAUGGAGGAGCAGUUCCGCGCCUUACUGGGCGCGUGCGUGGCUGUCAGCGCUGCUGCAGCAACCUCCACAUGUGCUCAAGACGCAGAUACACGCGUGCAGAGUGUUGACGCGGAGCUGGGCCUCACUACGGAGCAGCUGAAGUACUGGGACUCACUAUGCGGCGAUUCCGCACCGGGUGACGCCCUGUCAUUGGCUGAAGAUCUGGCGCUGCUGCUUGCCAGUACCAAUGUUUCCACCAGUAAACUGCUGAGCCUUCUUCGAGUGUUGCUAGUGCAUCCAUCGCUGCACUGCGCUGGGCUCGUGCGAUUGGCUCAAAUGACGUUCAGAAGCUUCAAGUUGACCAAGCGCUGGGAUGCACUCAACGCCGUAUCUACCCAACUACUAGACGCCAUUUACGCUAAGAUCCUGCGCAAGGACACACGAGAGCGAGCUUUACGGCUUUACAUUGAAGUGCUCGUGGGUUUCCAGCAUUCCGCUGAUCUUUACGAGAAGAAUGUGGCGAAAAUUGUCAAAUUGGCGGAAAUAUUCAGCGAAGACAGUGAAGAAAACAAGGAAUUGGUGCAUCCACUACUUGUGGCUUGUGCUGCAUUGGAACACUGUCAUCGCGGCUAUGAAGCCGAAGCCAUGACACUUCGACGAGCCAUGAGAGCGAGUUUUGGGUCUCAUGUGGAUCGCCCCACUGCUGCAGAAGCCGAGAGACUAUUGAGAAGCAGUGCGUGGGUAUUGCCAGCGGAGAAAUUGGACGUCAUGCUACCUUCUAUUGAAGGAAAAUGGGUAGUAGAUGAGUUUAUCGGUGAUCAGCAUGGCAAUGGCGGACCACAGAAUGCAGGUUCAGUGUUACUAAAGACGACAACCAAUUGCUUUGCUCAUGAAGUCAAGGCGACGAUGAUGGAUCGGAAAAUGCAGCAGAAAUUGGAGUUGACGGGCUAUUUGUUCCAGCAGAUGCCGGAGAUGCAGGUGGUAAUGGCUCAUCCUGAGUCAAUGGAACAGUCGACGUGGGAGCUGGAAGGACAUUGGAGACAGCUGCAUGAGGAGAAUGGAGCAGCUACUUCCAUUGCACCGAUGGCUCCCAUCUCUGCGCCAACGUGGGACUGUCGGGCUUGCACCAUGAACAAUGAGGGCAGCGCGACGAAGUGCACGACGUGUGGAACAGAGCGUCCAGCGGAUGUUAAUGUGCCGACAGUCCCGAGCAGCAGUAAGGGCAGCAAUCCUGCGCCGUUCUCGGCGGUAUUCAGCUCGGACUUGUCUUUUAUGCGCAUGAGGUGGUCACGUGGUGAACAACAAGGCGUGUGGCUGGCGCGUAAGCAGACUGUUGAAAGAAACUUUGACCUUGCGACGUCGCUGGCAGCAGCAAAUGAUGCCAUGAUGGACUCUACCAACCUACCAGGUUAUGUGUAUUCCCCUCAAGGAAACCCGGCGAGUGUUUUAGUGCUGGAACGGGCCGUGCUGUCGACUUCGGAUCAUACCGAGUUUACUGUUCAAGUCUGGAUUCGUCCAGAGCGUUCUCCUACUGGAAAUGAGGCUCAGAUUGUGCUUGCAAAUGGCCACGGCUUUGAGCUUUCGUUGACUAGCGAUGGGUAUAUAAUGUGGCAGAUUGCUGGGGGUCGAUACACUUUAACAUCUCGUGAGACUGUGGAAUUUGGAGUCUUCUGUCAUGUGACGCUUUCGUUUGGUCAAGAUAAAGUGAUGCUGUUUAUUAAUGGCUCGGUAGCAGGUGAGACUGCGAGAUUGGACGAAGCAGGGCCCUCUGCGCCUGGUGCAUCGCUAUUAACUAUUGGUGGGAGCUUUGAAAGCUGCGAUCCGAACGAGAAAGGGAAGGCUCCAAGCUGUUUUUAUGGACAGAUGCUAGAUCUGCGCAUUUGGUCGACAGUUCUCUCGAAACUUGAUGAGAACUGGAGCAUAUCGACGGCUUUAACGGGUCGCGAAGGUCACCUUGUGGGGUAUUACCCCUUAGCCGGGAACUCGGAGAGGUUAUUGAUGGAUCUAUCGAAGCAGCAAAAUCACGCUUGUGUCUUUGAAGGAUACCAAUCUCCUGACGCGAUCCAUGACGCUGCAAUCUCGUCGAUAAGUAAUUUCACCCCCGCAACCCCAGCAGAGGUUAUUCCGGUGAAAAAUGCGUUUGCUGUAUCUCUCGGAUGCGAUUUUUUCGGCAGUGGAACGUUUUCCUUAUCUGAAGGAGUAAGUGGACUGCAAGUGGACGCCGGGGACUCUGGGGCCGCGCUGUGGCGUCAAAAUGCUGUCUCAAUUGCGGCUGGCUUUCAAUCAGCGCUGUCUAUUGCGCCCUCGGUUACAAACGACGCACAGUAUCGGAAAACUGUGGUGUUCGCAAUGUGCGAAGCUUCUUUCUGGGACCUCGUUCCCUUGCUGUCAGAAGCAGCCAAAAUAUCAAACGUGACACACGACGAAGUAGCCGAUCCGUCGCUUCAACAUUUCGACGGCUCUGCAAUGCUGAUCAAGGUGAGCUCGGACGUUGUAGCCCCGGGUAUUUUGAUGUACGAGUUUGGUCUGUACAUUUGGUCGAAGAAGCAGGGAAAUCCGUUGUCCCGCGUGUUUCGUAUUGCUGGCGGGCCCUCUACUGCCCCAUCCGACGUUCAAAUCAAGUACGAACUACCUGGACGUGUUCUUUCCGUUGCUAUUGGGGGCAUUGGCGUGGUGUUCGAAGUGGCUGUGGAUCUGGAACUUGCGCUUCGUAUGGAACCAGGUAGUGCGGUGCGUACUGGUUUGAUUUUCCCGGCAGGCAAAGAAUUGUCCAGUCAGCAAACAUUCACUCAUCUCACGAAGUGGAUGUUUGAAUCGGUCAGCGAUAAUUCGUCCAAGGAAACUUCUAAGUCAGUUCUUGGGAACGUGUACGCUGCUCUGCAGCCAGAAGGAUCGGAAGAUGGCGAGAAGAGCAGCGAGAAUGAGACUAUUACGUGUACCCGAGUGAGCACGGACGGUAGUGCUAUUGCUCAGGAAGCGUACGGCUGUCAGACGUGCAGUUUGGUUCAUGGCAAUAGCAUCUGUCGCGCGUGUGCUGUUAUCUGUCAUGAAGGCCACGAACUGGUUGUGUUGGGUGUGACCACGACAGCUUGUGCCUGUCAUGUUCGAGGCAACGGACUGUGUCGCUGCAAUAGCCCCGUCCAAGUCUCUGAUUAUCCCUCGCUCGCGCAACCAGUGCACGCGUCACUUUGGGGCUGCAACAAGUGUACAGUGAUCAAUAGCAUCGACCUAAAGACAUGCAGUGUAUGUGGUAACAGCGCACCAGAGCUCAGUACUGGCUCCGGAGCGGUUACUCCAGAGUCCACCUCCACAGCAUUAGCGUUGAUCGAACAGCCCACGCCUGCUGCAGAUUGGUCCUGUGAGGCGUGCACGAUGCUUAACAGCGCGACUGCCACGAAAUGCUCCAUUUGUGAUACGCCACGAGCGAAACAAGCAGAGCCUGAAGUCGUCGGGACGAGCCAAGAGAGUAAGACGGACAAUGGACUUACCACGCUAUACUAUGCAGCCGAGAAUGCUGCAAAACAGGAUCAUCCGAUGGCGGUACAGCCUACUGGUCCUUGGACUUGUGGGGCGUGCACGAUGGAGAACCAGGCAGCAGAUACAACGUGCCACAUGUGCGGAACAGCGAGAGAAAUCCCUGUUGCUACCGUUGAACCCUCAGAAGUGAUGAUGGCCUUACCUACGCCAAAGAGUGACGCUACGCCUGUGUCAUCUCCGAUGAGCAUGGACAUGGACGCGAGUGACCAACCUGUCACUCCUGAACCUGCUGUAGAUUUACAGCAGUCAAAACUUAAGAACGUCAAGUAUCUGGAUGAGUACAAGCGCACAGCAGCUUCAGCUUUCAGCCACUUGGUGGAGAUUAAAAGCAUGAAUGACUCGGUGUGGGAAACCACUGGAGGUAAGAUGCAUUUGACGCUGGACAAGAGUUUUGUGGGCGAGUAUGUGCGCGGAACGUACGUGGAGAAAGAUGGUAAGCUGAGUGGACUCGCUCGCCUGACGGAGGAUGGAGCUUGGAAGCUUGAUGGCAGGUUUAAGAAGGCCAGCCAGUCCCAGUCCAAUGCUUGCACACUUUACUGGGACAAGACUGCCUCUCGUUUUGACGGAAAAUGGUAUCGCGGUGAUGGAUCGGGCGACUGGAAGUGUCUAGCGUCGUCGUAUGCCUCUGACUUCUGUGGUCUAGCGCCUGUAGAUCCGACAAAGAAGCCGAACGAGCUGCAGCCGUACUACGCUGGCAUGGUGAAUAUGAAGCAGAACCUCACCAACGUGUGCUACCAGAACAGCUUCCUUCAAACACUGUACAUGACACAAGAUUUUCGCCGCUUGAUUUUGUCAUGUGAUGCCAGUAACUACUUUGCACCGUACGCGGAUAACGGGACGACGAGCGGUGGGAACGUGGUGGCUACUAUUCAAGAUUUAUUCGCCCAGAUGACCGCUUCACAGCGACCUUAUCUGGCUACACACGCUCUUCAACGCUGUCUACCGACCGAGUUCAAGAACGGACGACAGCAAGACACGUCGGAUUUUGCACAUUUCCUCAUUGAUUCACUCAGCCAGCAACUGAGUCAACAUGAAGACACUACGGAUGACAUUCCCUCGAUUUUCGGAGGUCAUCAAGCGACGAUUCUGGCAUGUAAAACAUGCGGGAACAAGUCGGUGAAUCGCGAAUAUUUCUGGGAGUUGCUACUGAACAUGAUCGACCUUCGUUACACGCCAAUCACUAGCAUUACAGCAGUGAGUGGAUCGUCGAUGGACAUUCAUACCCCGGAAGGUUACGAGCGUCUUAAUACCGAUCUGAACAAGGAUCGGACGGGGGCUCCGUACGUGUAUUUAUGCGUAAAGAGAUGUCCAGAGCUAGCGACUAGUGAUACCUCGAUGGAAGAUGACAGCGAACGGGUAAUGCCAGUCACUGAACUGGUCGUUAAGGUGGCGCUAACGACCGAUCCUAAGCCAUCCAUGCCAGGCUUUGAGCGUGUGGAACUUGAUCUCAACGUUGGUGGUGGCUCAACUGCAGGAGGGAAGAAACAAGUGUACUUGUUUUUCCGUCGUGAGCCCAAUGGAUCGCCCAUCACUGACCUGCAGGUGAUCUAUGGCAACGAGUCUGUUCCUGAUGGAUUCAAACAGAUCCAAGUCGACCUAAACCAAGGUGAUGGCUCCAAGGUAUACCUAUGUUAUCGCUGCGACAUGCCGAUCACUGAUCUGAAAAUCGUUAACAGCGGAAUCCCUGGAUAUCGAAUGGUGGAUCACUUACUCAAUGUGAGCCACGAAGACGCGGUGAAGCAGUAUCUCGCGCUCAAAGUGGGCGGUAACGAACCUUGUCUGACAGACCUGAAGCUUGUUGAAGGAAAUGACGUGUCUACAUACGAAGUGCAGGGAUGGCAGUCCAUCGGAAGUCCAUUCUCUUCCGCUCCUCUCGCGCAGCCGGCCGAGUCGCUUACACCCCCACAGCUAAUGUUCCGCCGUGGUCACGGCAAUCCCAUUUUUGCUAUCGACGUGUUCCGCGCGCCUCGUCAAGUGCCCAAGUACAACGACUACGAAGUCAUUGAGCUUUCUCCUGCUGGAAGCUCUUCAGAUGCCGUCGACAUAAAGGGUGACUGGAUGGGAAGUGAAGAAACAGACCGUGGACGGAAGGCAGUGCGUAUGAGCUCAGUAUCUGAACCUAUUACAGAUGCACUGCUUCUAAAGGGAUCGCUGGAUGAUAAGGGCGAGCUGUCCUGCGUUGCUACACGCGUCUCAAGCUGGUCGGACUCCAUUACAGCAGGAGCUGCGGACUCUGUUGUACCUGCAGACCCGUCUUCUACUGUAAGUACUAGCACCAACGCUUCUCUCACGGUUUAUCGAGUUUCUGGCUACUGGAAGAACGCGAAGGUGCCAAGUGCACAGCUUUUCGAUGUGGAAUUGCGACCUGCACCCAGUGGGGUUGGUGGCGCUCCGGAUGCCCCAGACAUGUCGUCGCAAGGAGAGCCUGCGCGGUUAUAUACCAUCAACGGUACGAUUGGGGAUGGCAAAGGGAAGCCAAUUGCCAUUCAAGGCGUUCAGACAUCACGGAAAGUGAAGAUUAAAUGGCCGAUCUCUAGUAUUGUGGUGCUACGUGGCGAUGAGCGUGUACCUGACGGCGUACAGGUCGUUAGAGAGACGUGUUCGGGCCGAUCAGGCAACUUGUUGGCCCAGACUACGUCACCCCACACACUGUACCUGGCAGUGAAACGGGAAGAAGCACCUGCUGACGGCUACAUCACUGACGUUUGCGUGAUCUACGGCGAGAUUGACGCUGUUCCGGAGCACUACACUUGUCUCCAAACCACACCCGCCGGACACUCCGCUAACUUGAACGAUGGAACACCAGGUGUACCCAUUUUUAUCUGCUACCGACGUGCUGGAAGUUCUGAGAACGCUGCUACCAAGAGUUUAAUGGACCUCGCGCUAAUGUGGACUUCUGGCGUUCAACCAGACACUCUUCCCACGGGAUUCACCAAGAUUCAACACACUCCUCUCGGUAUGGAUGCUAAUCUGAACCAGGGCACGAGUGGCGUGGCAAUUCACCUUUGCUACUCGAAAUGCGAGGCAAAAGACAUUGUCAAGCCGUUGGAAAACCCACUCAACGGUGAGUUCGAGAUCACGAGCUCUCCGUUACCAGCUUUUGGUCGCUUUUUCAGUCUCUCGGUCGUUGAAGAACUCGAAGAAGCUCGUACUGUGGAGGGCAAUUUCGGCAUCGUGUUGCACGCACAGCUAAUUGGAUCGAUGAGUGGAAUUAUGUACACUUCAAAACAUCAACAGAUAGAAGACAAGAAGGUCCGUACGAUCGUCGGUGCGUGGAGAGUUGAUAACCCAAUGGCUGGCGGUGUAGGCGCAAGUAUGACCGAUUUCCUGCCGUCAAGUUAUCCUUUCGUAUUGAUUCUUAACGAGACUGCGACAGAGAUGGAUGGAUGGUGGAGUGGAGCGGAAGGUACGCCUGGCAACGUGUCUAAACCCACUGUGUCUGUGGUUACGCCAUCAAGUGGUGGGGCUACAAGUGCAGCGCCGUCUGGAUCGGCUUCUGUUAUCGGUGGGAAGUGGAAACUCGUCAAGGAUUCGUACGUUCAUGUGGCGUUCAAGAAGGACUACAGCACUGAAUGGAAAGACGGCCAGCUUGUAUUCUCCGAGCGAGUGUGGAGACACGAUAUCGAGUCGAUGCUGUCGCGUUUCGUCGCUACCCGGACGUUAGGAGGCGACAAUGCGCUCUCCUGUAGUAUAUGCCAGAAGAAAACGGAGUCACGGACACACACGGUGAUCUUUGAGCCACCAGAGCAUCUGAUCAUCACGCUGAAGCGGAUGUACUACGACUGGACUCAACAAAAGGCGUGCAAGUGCUUACACGACGUUCGCUUCCCGGCCUUGUUGACGCUGCCGUCGUUGACAGAGGAAGAAGAACUCGCAGUGUAUGACCCCAAGAACAGCGACUCAACUCGUGAGAAACAGCAGAACCAGUCGCGUCACUAUGGCUUGUAUGGUGUGCUCGUACACUCUGGGCUUACAGCCAACUCAGGCCACUACUUCAGCUUCUGUCGCGAGAGUGACGAGAGUACACGACAAUUGCAUCUGGAAGACUCAACGCUGUCCCCGUGGAUCAAAUUUAACGACACGAAGGUUGAGCGUUCCAAUUGGAAGGAGAUCAACAGACUGGUGUCUAGUACGGUGUCGGACACGGUUUAUCUGUUGCUAUACAAGAAAUUAUCAUACGAGCCAGCACCUAGUGGUGAAGCAGUCCAAGACGUGAGCUCCGAUGACGAAGAGGCCAUGCUGCUGGCGAAGGCGAUGGCGCUGUCCAUGUCGGCAGCAAAGCACACCCAACAUCGACAGAACGAGGAAGAAACCAAGAACGAAGUUGAAGCUUCUGUGGAGGACUCAUCGAUGCUAUCGACCAGUGCAGUGGUCAAGACACUUUUGAAGAAGGUAGAGCAAGAGAACGAAACCUUCCUGCGUGACUCUGUGGCAGCCACCUCGAGUACGCUGCAUGCUGACGAUUUACACACGCUUCUAGUACUGCGCCACUCGCUACCUUUACAUCUGCGUGCGGUGUUAGACGAGAUCUGCUAAUAAAACACGCGAAUCGUUUGUUGCCUUUUUGCUUUUGUAAAUGCAAUAGAGAAGCUAAAAAUUUAGAUUUUAGAAAUGUUGCA